AUUGAUGCAUGGGAUCAGUCUGGUUACACAAAACUGAACAUUUGGAAGUUGACGGAAUUUUCCAAACUAGUCUAUGUCGAUGCUGAUUGUCUGGUGAUGGAAAGUAUUGACGACCUGUUCUCAAGAGAAACAAGAUUCGCAGCAGCUCCUGACACUUUCCCUCCCGAUCGGUUCAAUGCUGGAGUAUUGGUUGUGGAGCCGUCACUAGAGGUGUUUGAAGACAUGAUCAGCAGGAUUGGCGUGAUGCAUUCCUACGAUGGUGGCGACACAGGGUUCUUGAACAGUUACUUUCACGACUGGUUUACCAUGGGCGAGGCAAGUCGCCUUCCAUUCAGAUACAACGCUCUCCGCACCAUGUACUGGCUGACGCAGAAGAAACCAGGGCAGCCAGCGGGAUACUCGUACUGGAAUGCAGUCGGAGCAGUCCGGUGCCUGCACUUCUGCUCGUUUCCCAAGCCCUGGGACCAGAGACUCCAGGCGCCCAAGGGAGAGCUGGAGCAGAAGUGGUGGGUAGCCUUUGCUGAAUGUCAGCUCAUGCUCAGAAUCAAGGGUGUGAGUACCCCAACUCUGAAGAAGCAAGGAUGA